CAACCGGCCUUUGCUGCCGUUGGUGGAUGGAUAUCCGAGCUGGUCGCUGGAAAAAGUGAUGUUAUUCUAGCCAACGGAGAUGCAUCUCGGACCGUGCUGGCGAAUCAAGUCCAGCUCUGCUAGGAAACUAAAAAUAAGCAGCAAGACUAAGAACUCGAUCCGGGGGAAAAACAUGGCAGCAGCGGUUGACAGGCGUUUGUGUAUUUCGUUUUAUAAUGUCAAAUCGGUUCGUAUACAGAUGACGAUAACGGUCUGACCUUGGAGAAGGUAUAUAUACGCAGAGUUGAGACAUUUUCGCCGUGAGUCUGUUGCAGUCAAUAACCAGUGGAACGACAACAGGAUUAGUUUGAAGAAGGAAAAAUGUUUCGAAUAGUGACAUUUUGUGCAAUCGUGACUGUAUUGCCCCAUGUUUUGGGUCAAACACCUGAAUCUAAUAAUGAAACUAGCACGGUAAGUGCUCAAGAUAUUUUUGAUCUAAACGAGGAAGAUUUCCAAUUAUGGUUGUCGGGGAGAGUCCCAAAGGCCUGGGGAACACCUACCAAUAUCAGUACUACUACAACCGUUCCUAGUACGACCACAACUGUAUCUAGUACGACCAUUGGAAAUCAGAUCGAUUCGAUAGAUGAUCAAACUACGGUUAAAGAAGAGCUUCCAACUACUGAUAGCCCGAGAAUACUACCGUCCACCUCAACUCAGCCGGCGUCUAGCAGUAACGAUUUAGGUCCGGGAUACAUGUACAGGCGACCCGAAAAUUUUCAAACCUGGUUGAAAAUCCACAUGCAGCAGUCUCAACAAGUUACCAAUCAAUUGAUAGCUGGUGUCAACAGUUUACCGUACUCUCCUGAAAAUGUAGCAUCCGAUCAAAGUUGUCAGCUCAUCACCAGAUUGCUCCAGCGACGCCCGGGAGCAGUAUCGUAUCAGUCAUCAGCUACCAUCCAUCGUUUUCAGGAGAGUUCAACUGAAGAGCCUCCAUUCCCAGGUAGUUCACACCACAGUGACUUGUUCCUUAGUCAAAACCAGCAGCAGAAACCUCCACAAUCGAUUCCACCACCACCACCACCAGCAGCUUCGCCUCCAACAAGGAUUCAGCAGCUUCCACGGCAACCUCAACAGGUACUGUAUCAACAACAGUUGCGAGUGCCGGAACCAACCGUGAUCCCACUUAGACCACACCAAAGACAACGAACCUCGGAGUACUACGGAAAACCUGCUUUUUUCAGACAACCGUGGGCAUUUUCGCAGCCUUCUUACGAGGCUCCAGUUGUGGUUAGUUAUUACUGAUGCGUAACAUUAUUGUAUAUAUUUCAAUCCAAAUGUAUAGAAAUUAAAAUUAUUUUUUUAUUUCAUU